AUAUAUACGUAUUUAUUUCAAUCAGAAAUUUUAAUUGUUAAACUUAUAGAAUUUUAUUGUGGAACUAUAUAUUCGAAAAUAGGGCUAGCGUGCUGAAGAAAAAUGUCGCAAAAUCUUCUGCAAGAUAUAUUACAAGGUUUUGUAAAUGAAGAAAACUUAUAUCGUUGGUUGAUAAGUGACGUAACGGACAAUGUUUUGUCUGCCACAUAUAAUUGUACAAAAACGGAUUUUAUAUUUUACUAUCUGAAUUUUGUGAGAAGCCAAACAAACAGAUUUUUAAAAAAUGAUGAAAAUCCAAAUGAAUCAAAUGAUAGAAGCAGAAAUUAUACAGGAUCUACUCACUUUUCCAAUAGUGCGCAUGAUUCUAAUACAAGUUUAUUACAAAAUGAAUCCUAUAUCGAGGAAGGAACAAAUAUUCAAGAGAAAAAUAUUAUUGGUCCAAAUAAGAUUAUACAUAAUUCUCUACACAUUGACAAUGCUUUUAAUGAGAACGCUUUCAGCCCAGUUCCUCAUUCUGGUAACACAAAACUGAAUGAAUCAUCUGGAUCAGUUUAUUUCAGUACUCCAAACGAUCAAAAAAAGAGAAACAACUCAUUUUCAAGUAAAUCCUAUUCAAAAUCCCAAAAGUCAAUUGAAAGGGUUUCCAUAAAUUUUGGUGAUUACAUUCAGAGUGCUUCUAGCAAAAAACAUAAGCACCAUUCUGCAAAUAAGUCAAGAAGUAUAAAUACUUCAAAUGAGAAAUCAGAUUUAACAUGCAGUGUAGAUCAAAACACUACUGAAAAUAGUUAUAGUAAAGAUAUUACAGGGACACCUGAAAGUAGUAGAUCAAAUUUAGAUAGCCAAUUUCCAGCACUUGGGGAGAGACUUUCAUUUCAGAAGAGUAACUCAGCAUCUAAAAUAAAUCGAAGCAAGCGUAUAAAACCUACUUCACUAAAUUUUAGUGACUGUGAUAUAAAUAAAAGUGAUUCUAUCAAGACUAGUUUCAACGACAUUAAUGAAAGGCAACAAAACUGUAAUUCAUCAUGUAAUAAUUUCCAAAUGGAACGGUCUAUUCUUCGAAAUGAAAAAGAUUUUAUAAAAAAACAAUUUGAGAAUAGUAAACACAUAAAAACGAUUUUCAUUAAUCCAAAAGAAAAAAGUACUGUUGUGAAAGUAUCAGAUCCUGGAGAUAUUUUGCAAGUCACAAGAAGAAAGGAAUUAGAUAUUUUAGCAAAUAUUUAUAAUGUGAUACUAAAUAAUAAUUUAGUUGUAAAUUUUUUUAGUGAAUUAAAUUUCAUAUUUUCUUUGUUGAAUGUUGAGAAAAUUGAUGACCAAACAGAUAAUUCUGAUCUAUUUCCAUCUUUCCAUAAUUGUAUAUACUUUUGUAUAAACAUUUUACGAGAGCAGAAACAAUUUUUUAUUCUGCUUGACAAUGAUACUUUAAGAGUAUUAAGUGAUAAUAAACGAAUACAAAAUUUUAAUCAUGAUUUGAAUUUGUUUUUAAAAUGUGUUUUAAAGCGAAAAAGUGUUCUCCCAACACCUAUAGAUGGUAGCUUAGGGAAUAAAAACAAUGUGUGUUUUCAAAGUGAAACAGACAAUAGAGAAAACUUUACAUCUGAUCAAACAUUUCGUGCAUUCAGAAAACAAAGAGAUUUAUUUUAUGAUAUGCUUAGAAAUUGGGAAUCAAUGCACAAUACACCAAACUAUUCUUUUGCACUAUAUGAUUCAACUAUGAUGAUGCUAUUCAAUGUUAAUGGGACAUUAAUACCAAAUAAAAUGCAGCAGAGAAAGUAUAAUGAACAUAAUGAGUUUGGUCGCAUAAAUGUUAUUUAUAAUAAUGUUUGUAAUAUGGCACAUUUAGCAAGAUUAUUUGUCAAACAAUUAUUGGCAUCUUGUGAAUCUGAGCAUACAGAAUUUAAUCAACUUCUCAUGGAACAUCUACCAAAUGUAGAUCCUAACCGAUUAUCACGACUUAGUAACAGAUUUACAACCAAUGCGACUACUACGAGUGAUGUAACAGCUUUUGUUGGAGUACAAGAAUUUUUCAGAGACUUCAUUCAGUAUAGUGAUAAUCAUACAUUUUUGGAACACUUAAAAAUUGUCAUGUCAAGUGAAAUUUUGGACAUUAAUUCUGCAUGCCUUGAAUUUAAAAGCAGCUAUAUAUUAAUAACAAACAUGGAUCAUAAUACUGAGAUUGAAAACAAACAAACAAGAAGCAUCAGAGAAGAUGAUAUGCAAAAAAGCUUAGAACUAGUUAAAAGAAUAUCCUCUUUAAGACUAUUGUCUAAGUUUUUGGGAUUUACCACAGAUUUGCCUUAUAAUAAUAAUGGACACAAGAUGAAAUCUCUCACAUUUAAUGAAUUGAAUAAAAUAGAGUGGAGAUUCUCUACACCAUUAAAAGAAUUAAAUCUGGAAUAUGAUUUUGAAGACCAAUUUCAUCAAAUUAAAAUUGAGAGCAAGGAAAUGGCCAGAUUUAAAUCCAAUGAUAGUCUAUUUAAUGCAUUAUUACCUUCGGGGAUUAAAUUUUUAGAAAAAAUCCUAUAUCAAAAUGUACCAACUCUGAAUUCACUGAAAAGUGUUAUCAAAGGAUUCAAAACAUACAACAAAGGCAGAAUAAGGCAUGUGACACCUUUUACACACCAAUCAAGUUCAAAGGAAAAAGAUGAAAAAAAGAUACAGAUUCAAUUAGAAAAUAAUUUCUUCAACAACCAUCCAUCAUCCGUCAAGAAAACUGUUGAAUUUGUCACAGACAGAAUAUUCUCUGUAAUCAUAAAAGAAAUAAUUUCAAAAGAUAUUACACAAGCAAAAGAAGCUGCUAGUCUCAAAUUCUUAAAUAUCAAGACAACUAACAAGUUAGAAGCGGAGACACAGUUAAUUUCUCUGUGCACAGAGUCUAUUAAAGAAUUAAUGGCCAUGUCCAAUUUAACAAUUCAGAAAAUUGUGGAUGAAAGAGUGGAGGUGACCAUUGUGAAUUUACUUCCAAUCGAAAUGUUAGCCUCAGUAAAGAGUAUGUGUGCAAAGAUUUGCAAAAAAAGGGUUUCAGUGAAGUGCCAAGCAUGGCUCAAAGAAAAAGCAUCAGACAUCAAGGUUCUGUGCAAAGAUAUUGAUGGACAAGUUGAACAAAUAAUUAAAAAUAAUAUGAUGAAUGAUAAGUUGAAAUCUAAUGCAGAUUCAAAAACUGAAAUAAUCUCUGAGCCAAAUAUUGAUAUUAAUAGAUAUAUCGAACAUGUAGGACCAUCAGAAAUUUUAAUUGAUGCCCAGGACAUAUUAUGUACAAUAAUUUCAGAAGAAUAUCCCACUGAGAAACCAUUGACAGAACUUUAUACUCUUUUGAAUAAUAUAGAAGAAUGUAUUAAAGUGUGGACUUCGAUUUUAAAUAUGUGCAUCAAAGUUUUAGCAACAUUGACAGUAGACAUAGCAAUUGCUAUAGUUUGCCAUUACCCAAACCAAAUAAAAGACACAUUGCCAAAGUUUCUAAGAAUUUGGAAACAUGAUACAUUUUCUACAUUUAUCAAAAUUGGAGAUAAGAACUCGAUUUCACUAGACAACAGUUUACAAGUUUUGACUGAAAAAGCUGACGUUGAUUAUGAAAAUCAGAACACAGAUGACUAUGUAUUUUUGAAGGUAGUGUCAGCAAGGACAAUUACAUUGAUUUCAGAAUCUAGAAAUUUUGAAGAAGUUUGGAGUUCUUAUAGUCUCUUAGUCAUAUUUUUAUUAGAUGAAAACUUUUUAACCAUGGACUCGUUUGGCGAAGAAUGUUUGAAACUACUACGAUUGGAGUGGAGUAAUGUAACUCUACAUCAUUUAUCUCAAAAUAUAAAAAUAAUAAUGAAGCAAAGUCAAAAUGCAAAACACACAGAAUGUUCAGAAAUAACAUUGCUUCUGGAGUGGAUGUCAGAUUUUUGUGAUGAUAUUGAUUUGUAA